CUUCGGACUGUCGCCGGUCGCGAGCAGCGAGAACAUACACAUGUUGUACAUGUCAUGUGGCGCCGCUUCGCCACCCGCGGCGCCUUUGCCACCGCCGGAGUCGCCGGUGCAGCAUACGCUGUCUCUCCCGGCUUUCGGCGAUCGGUGUGCUUCUGGAGCACGGUCGCACCCUUCGUGGGCGAGUAUCAGUCAAUCAGGCUGCGGGCGCGGUGGGAGCGGUGGGAGCCGAGCGAGCUCGAGGCGGCGCAGCAGCACUUUCACCACCGCUCUGCCCUCAGAGCGGUCGACGUCAUCCUGCGGCUGGGCGGCAUCUACAUCAAGAUUGGACAGUUCGCCUCCACAAUGGGUGCCGGGGUCCUCGAGGACGCGUACAUCCAGGCGCUCCGGCCGCUGCAGGACGGCGUGCCGCCUCGGAGCCUCACCGAGGUGAGAAGGAUCAUCGAAGCCGACAUCGGUGUGCCGAUGGAAGAGCUCUUCUCCUCCUUCGACCCAGAGCCCGUCGGCGCCGCCUCGAUCGCCCAGGCGCACCGCGCGACGCUGCUCGACGGGCGCGAGGUGAUUGUCAAGGUGCAGUACCCAGAGGUGCCCACGCUGUACGAGGCCGACUUCGACAACCUCGAGAUCGUGACGCGUUUCCUGUUCCCCGAGAACCUGCCCCUCAUCGAGGGGCUGCGCAAGCGGCACCAGGCGGAGCUCGACUUCCGGCAAGAGGCGCGCAACCUGGCCGAGGUGCGGGCCAACUUGUCUGCGCGCGGCUUCGAGCCCUCGCGCGCCCGCCUAGAUGCGGGACACAGCAGGCCCCUGCAUCUGGACCCUCGUCUCCCGACUAGCGCUCGAGAAGGCGCGUCUUCAGCCGCGUCCGCGCUCCCCGACAUCGGGCGCGUUCUCCCCGUAAGGCUCGUCCGCCUCCCCUCGCUGCCCGACGAGCGCCUCUGCUCGCGCCACGUCCUCGCGAUGGAGCUCCUCCACGGCACCAGCUUGGCGGCCGCCAUCGACCUCGAGGCGGCCGACAUCGCCGCCGCCCUCGGCCUCGAGUCCGCCGACGCGAUGCGCAAGCAGCUGCUGCGGCGGAUGGGCGAGCACUUCGAGCGAGGGGGCGGCGCCACCCGCCUCCUCUCCCUCGCCGAGGCGGCGGCGCCCCUCGUCCGCCUCGUCGCGGCGACGCUGCGGCUCGCGCGCUCCGCCGCCGUGUCGACCUCCAACGCGCUCGCGCGUUGCAUGGAGUCCGUCGGUUUGGGAGGGUUCGCGCCGCCCCUCCGAGACCCGCCCGAGCGGAGGCACGACCUUAGCCGCGCUCUGCGGACGCUCGUGCGAGUGCACGGGGUCGCGAUGCUGCUCGACGGCGUGUACAACGCGGACCCGCACCCGGGCAACGUCCUCCUCCUCCCCGACGGGCGGCUCGGCCUGAUCGACUACGGCAUGUGCGGCCGCCUCGAGGGGAGCGCGCGAGAGAGCAUCGCGCGGGUCGUCCUCGGCCUCGCCGCCGGCGACCGAGCGGCCGUCGUCGACACGUACGAGCGGUCCGGCUACCGCGCGUGCUGGCACGGCGGGGCGCCGCACGGCCCCGACGCCGUCUACCGCUUUGCGACCUUCCACCUCGACCGCAUCGACCUGUCUCCGGUCGGGGUCGGCCCGGGCGGCGAGGGAGGCGGCGGCAGCGCGACGAUGCCGGUGAUGAAGCUGCUGCGCUCGACGAUCGAGGUGUCGGUGCCCGACUGGGUCGAGCAGGCGCGGCGCCUCGGCGGGCUGCUCAUCGGGGUCGGCAGCCAGGCCGGGCGCCCGAUCUCGCUGGCGCACGAGUGGGCGCCGAUCGCGGAGGAGGUGCUUGCGAGCGCCGGCGGGGCGAGGGCGGCGGACGCGCGGCGGCUGAGGACGCACCUGACGGGGCUGUCGGCGUGAGGGCUGUCUGGAGAGAUGUUUCUUUUUUAUCCGGGUCACAGUGUC